UAGAGUUUAUUAUAUUCCCUUUAAAAUUUAAAAGAAUGUUCAACGCACUAAUUGGGAUAUAAACGAUUUCUGAGAAAAUAUUUUUAUUCAUUUCGUAACAUUGCAUUUUUAUAAUCGUACAACUUAGAGAAUAUGAAUUAUGCAAGCCAAAAACUGAUUUCCAAAGUAGUAAUACAUGUUUCCUGUGCAAACCUACCAAAUAAAGACUUAUUUUCUAAAUCUGACCCAUUUGUUGUCCUUUUUUUGGAAACUAGACAAGCAUGUGGUGUUAAAAGCUGGGUUGAGUGUGGUCGCACAGAAGUUGUUAAUAAUAAUCUGAAUCCAGAAUUUUUUACACCAUUUACCUUGGAUUAUAAUUUUGAGGAAUAUCAAUUACUUAAAUUCGAGGUUUUUGACAGUGAUUCUUCGUCAAAAGUAUUAAGUUCGCAUGAUUUUCUUGGAAUGCUUCAGAUAUCUUUGGGAAGUAUUGUUGGAGAAUACAAAGGCAAUGUAACAAAACAACUUUUUUUAAGAAACGGAUCUCCUUUAAAAAGUACAAUUACUUUUGUUGUUGAGCAAUUGAACGAUUGUAAGGAAAUAAUAGAGUUUAUGUUUUGUGGGCACAAUCUUGACAAAAAGGACUUCUUUGGAUUAUCAGACCCUUUUUUAAUAUUUUAUAAACAAUCUAUUGAUGGAAACAGCAGUUAUACUUCAGUUCAUAAAACAGAUGUAGUUUAUAAAACACUUAAUCCUGUCUGGAAAGAAUUUAAUAUAUCUGUUUUUACUCUCUGUAACAAUGAUUAUCAUCUACCAAUCCUUGUAAAGUGCUUUGACUGGAAUAAAAAUGGAACACAGGAUUUUAUUGGAGAGACACAAAUAACUCUUGAUGAAAUUCUUAAAAAAAAUAAAACUGUUUUUGAGUUAGUUAACCCUAAAAAAAAAAAAAAAAAAAAUUCUGGCACUUUAGAAGUUUUGAAAGCAAAUCUAAAAAAGAUUUAUUCAUUUUUAGACUACAUAGUUGGUGGAUUAGAAUUGUGUUUUUAUGUUGCCAUUGAUUUUACAGCAUCUAAUGGAGAUCCUUCUUAUCCCAAUUCGUUGCAUUAUCGCCACCCGCAAUUAUUAAAUCAGUAUGCACAAGUUUUGACAAGUGUUGGUCGAAUUUGCGAAAAUUACGAUUCAGAUAAAUUAAUUCCAGCCUAUGGCUUUGGUGCAAGAAUAAAUAAUCAGGUUUAUCACAGUUUCUUUUUAAAUAAAAGUAACAGUCCAUUUUGUUAUGGUAUCAACGGUGUUUUAGAUGCUUACUAUUCUGUUUUACAAGAUGUAGAACUAUAUGGACCAACAAAUUUUAGUCCUGUUAUUAAUUGUGUUGCACAGUUUGCUGCAUCACAACCAGCAUCAGAAAAAUAUCAUGUGUUGCUUAUUAUUACAGAUGGGAUUAUAUCUGACAUGAAUCAAACAAAAGAAGCUAUUAUUAAUGCUUCUAAGUUACCUAUGUCAAUUAUUAUUGUUGGUGUAGGAAACGCUGAUUUUGAUGCAAUGAAUGAAUUAGAUUGUGACAAUAGUAAACUAUCUUUUAAUGGAAAAAUAGCAGAACAAGAUAUUGUUCAGUUUGUACCGUUUCACAAAUUUUCCGGUGAGUUUUCUGGUGAGAAGUUAUCUAGUGAAGUACUUAAAGAGUUACCUGGACAAUUAGUAAAUUUUAUGGCAAGAAAAGGGAUAAUUCCAAAUACUCAUAAUAAAGCAUCUGCCCCAUUCCAAGAAUCUGUUGCAUCUCAAUGUGUACAAUCUCCUUCAAAUCUACCUUAUCCUUAUCCACAUAUACCUCUUAGUUGAUUAAAAAUGUUUUUUGGUUAUAGUUACUAACUAUAUUGUUUGUUGAUUGGUUGUCAAUAAGUUCAAUAAAUAUUUCUUAUUGUUCUCAAACUUUUCCCUCUUGGCUAGCUCUUUUUUCUUUUUCUUUUUUUAAAUUCUGUUUUGAAAUUUUAUUUUUUUUUAUCUCUUAAACAUCAAAUUUUUAAAAAAAAUGUUUCUUGUUCAGUUCUUAUAUAAAAAUAUUUUGGUAACAUUAAACAAGGAUGUAAGCACACACACACACACACACACACACACACACACACACACACACACACACACACACACACACACACACACGCACACACACACACUUUUAUUGAUUCAAAUUGACUUAAGUCUAUAAAUAGGAAUUUAAAGACUUAAGACUUUCCUUUUCUUUUUUCUAUUUCAGAAUUUUGAGAAUUAUUUACAUUAACAUAGUUAUUUUAAAAAGUUAUUAUUAAGUAAAUUUCUAUUUUUAAUAAAAUAUUUUUGUGUUAAUAAUUAUACAAAUAUUAUAUAAAGCAAUAUAUAUUUAUAUAUUAAAUGUCAAUUUAGUUUAAAGGUUCAAUAUGAAAAUAGAUGUUUUGACAAGAUUGCUAUCUGGAACUUAAGCAAAACAAUUACCAUGGUUUAAUUGUUUGACAAUUUGUAUUUAAAUUUAAAGCAGGUGUAAAA